AUGAAGUUCAUGAAAGUGGGCCGUGUGGCCAUCAUCACCCGUGGCCGGUAUGCCGGUAAGAAGGUCGUCAUUGUCCAGCCCAACGACACUGGUUCCAAGGCGCACCCCUUCCCCUACGCCAUCGUUGCUGGUAUCGAGCGUUACCCGUUGAAGGUCACCCGCCGCAUGGGCAAGAAGACUGUUGAGAAGCGCAGCAAGGUGAAGCCUUUCAUCAAGGUUGUCAACUACAACCACUUGAUGCCCACCCGCUACACUCUCGAGCUUGAGGGUCUUAAGGGUGUUGUCUCCGCCGACACUUUCAAGGAGGUCUCCACGCGUGAGGAUGCCAAGAAGACCGUCAAGAAGGCUCUUGAGGACCGCUACACCAGCGGCAAGAACCGGUGGUUCUUCACUCCUCUGCGUUUCUAA